AUGACAACGGCAACAAAUCGAACAACCGCUGAUGCAUCUCAAAGCACGAAUCGAGUGCUUUCCGAAGAGAUCGCUUUGCGAGUUGAAGACCUUCACGUCUACUACGAGACGGAGGCAGGCGACGUGAAAGCGGUCAACGGCGUCUCCUUCGAUCUGCGGGCAGGUGAACGACUCGCCCUCGUCGGCGAAUCUGGCAGUGGCAAGAGCACUAUGGCCACCGCCCUGAUGCGGAUGACGCGCCCUCCCGGCAAGAUCGUAUCCGGCAGCAUCACAUUGAGCGGACGCGAUAUUUUGCAGUUGAGCGAAUCCGAGAUACGGCGCGCUCGGCUCGCCGAGAUUGCGCUCGUGCCGCAAGGCGCGAUGAACUCGUUGAAUCCCGUCAUUCGUAUCGAGAAACAAAUCAUCGACGGUAUCUUGGAUCACAUCGUCGAAGAAUCGGUUGGUAAUUCUUCUGGGUCUAGGCGGUCAGAAGUCAUGGAAGCGAACGCUGAAGGUGCGCUUUUGCGAAAACCGACCCGUAGAGAGCUGCGCGACAAGGUCGCAGACCUGCUCACUAACGUCGGGCUCUCGCCAUCCGUCGCGAGUAUGUAUCCACACGAGCUCAGCGGUGGCAUGAAACAGCGGGCGGUGCUCGCAAUCGCGACAUGCCUCUCCCCGAAAGUCAUUUUGGCAGAUGAGCCGACAAGCGCCCUCGACGUUGUCGUUCAACGCCAGAUCAUGCAGACUCUGGGUAAACUCCAGUCCGGCAUCGACGCGGCGGUUAUUCUCGUCGGUCACGACAUGGGUUUGGUGGCACAGUUCGCCGACACUAUCGGCGUCAUGUACGCCGGUCGACUGGUCGAAUUAGGACCGGUCGAGCAGAUUUUCGAGGACCCACAACACCCGUACACGAGGCUCCUCAUCGAAAGCUUGCCGUCGUUCAGCGAAAAGAAAGAUUUCGUUGGGAUACCGGGGAUGCCUCCGCGCCUGCUGAACCUCGCUACCGGCUGCGCGUUCUACCCUCGCUGCCCAUCGGCGAUGGAUAUAUGCCAAGACACCGACCCGCUCGACAUUGCAAUCCGACCGAACUGGCGCACGGCCUGCCACCUGCACAACGAAACGGGGUCCGAUGGCUAA